AAGAAGAGAGACAGAGAGAGAGAGAGAGAGAGAGAGAGGCUCUGUCCUGGCGUAAUCGGGGCUGUGAGUUUGUGAGUGUGAGCGUGUGAGGGUUUAUGUCGAGUUUCUCUCUCCUUCAUCUUUUAUCACAGAACUUUGGAUCUCUGUAUUCGGUUCCAGAGGCACGGAGAGCUCCGGAGUGUCCAUCUCCGUCUCUACAAUCAUGGACAAGCACAAAGUUUUGGAGCAGAUCUUGGAGGAGCUGCAACGAUUCCUGAAGCUCCUUGAUGGAGAGAACCUGAGUGGAAAUGCCACAGUGCAGAAGAGCCUGCUCAACGACCUGGUGAACUCAUACACAGCCUCAAACGGUGCGGAUGAAGAGUAUAUCUACAUGAACAAGGUCCUUGUCGUUGGACAGAGCAAAGACAAAACAGACAAAGACCAGAGAGCCAAAACGGAGGCCAGUGAAAACGCAGGAAAGCAUGUCUGUGCACCACAGAAGAGUCUUCCAGAGCUUCCUCCACCAAGAAUACCCAUGGGAAGGAGGGAGCCGUUUUCUCUCCCACCAGCUCCAGCACCAGCAUGUAUAGAUUCUCCAGAGAGUUACUAUGAGGAGGCUCAACCCUAUGAUUUCGCCAUCAAUGAUGAUUGUGAUGCAGUAAGCAGCUCCUAUGAGUCCUAUGAUGAGGAGGAAUUACCAAAGAGCAAGUCAGCAGCGCAGCACCAGUGGCCAUCCACAGAAGCAUCUAUUGAGCUAAUGAAGGAUGCAAGGAUUUGUGCUUUCCUCUGGAGGAAGAAAUGGCUGGGUCAAUGGGCCAAACAGUUGUGUGUUAUCCGAGAAAACCGUCUCCUUUGCUACAAAAGCUCAAAAGACCAGACCCCACUGUUGGACGUCAGUCUGGUAGGCUGCAGCAUCAUCUACAAAGAAAAGCAAUCAAAGAGGAAAGAGCACAGACUCAAGAUCGUCCCCCUGGGCGGUGAGGCCAUCGUGCUGGGCCUGCAGAGUAAAGAUCAGGCUGAACAGUGGCUGAAGGUCAUCCAGGAGAUCAGUCCCAAAUCUGCCGAGAGCCCCGAUGUCUCAGAUUCUCCCAAACUUAUCUGUACUAAGACUGAGCUUAGUGAGAGGUACUCCAUGGCAUCAGAGAGUGGCAGCAGCACAGACAGUCACGUCGAGAACCUGGAGACUAAAGAUGUUAAGAAAAAAUCUAGCGCUGGCCUGAAGCUCAGUAAUUUCAUGCACAUCGGGAAAAAGAAGAUUUCUUUAGAGGGUCCUGAGAAAUGUGUGGAGACAUCAGGCUAUCUGAAUGUCCUGGUGAACACCCAGUGGCGGACACGCUGGUGUCUGAUAAACAGUGGUAAGCUUUGGUUCUACCAGGAUAAGGGCAAGUCGAAGGUUUCCCAGCAGCCUGUGCCUCUGGAGGGGUGUAUGGUGUUACCUGACCCUAGCCCAGAACACCUCUACUCAUUUCGCAUAAAAUUGGAUGGAGAGGAGCUUGCCAUCCUGGAGGCUAAAUCAUCUGCUGACAUGGGCCAUUGGCUGGGACUCUUACUCUCACAGACAGGAACCAAAACUGACCCAGAGGACCUCACCUAUGACUAUGUAAACUCAGAGAGGAUAUCCAGUAUAGUCAAUGCCGCCAAGACAUCAAUGUACUUAAUGCAGAGAAGAUAUUCAGAGCAAAACAUGUACACUGAAAGUCUCCCAACAAACAACAAUUGUUCUGAUGACAUAUAUGAUGACGUGACCUCCAUAGAGAAUGAGCAGGAGGAAAGUCAAGAUGGCAACAGUGAGUUGGUGAUAAAUCCGGAACAGGAUGAGAAGGACAGGGUAUAUCUGGAUUUGAUCCCUGUUCGCUCCUUCCUCCACACAAAUUUGGGUCAAGUGUCCCCUACAUCAAAUAAAACCUUCAGUCCAUCCCCAACUCCAAGUAAUAGGCAACAUGACCCUGGCAGUGAGGGAGGUGUAUCUGCAGAGACUGAGUAUGAAGCCUUGUUACCUAUCCCCAAAGAACAUCAUGAUCCUCCUCCACUUCCCCCAAGAGUAGAUUUGGACAUCAGCACGUCCCCAAGUCCUCCUCUUCAGGCUCCAACACAGACCCAGACCGUGCAAUCUCAACCCCAGUCACCCCAGCUCAGCUUCCUGAAUAAGGAGGGCCAGAAGAGGGGCUCGUCCUUACCUUCACCUCACGUUCAGACACAAAGUCAGCUCCUUACACCCCACAGUCCUCCAUCCUCAAGAGUAAGGGCUGCAAGUGCUGAUAGAGUUAUUGACAGACUGAAGCCAUCUGUAGCAGCAUGCUCAGGGUCAAUUGAGGUGAAGCUGGGGAAGAACCGAACGGAGGCUGACGUGCGACGCUUCACAGAUGAGAAGGGCCGGCUGGAGCGAGAGAGGGAGGAGGUCAAGACCACUCUGGCCUCACUGAGGAAGGAGAGACGGGAAGUGAAAGAGGAGCUGAGUUCAUGUCAAGAUCCUUCUAAACAAGCUACUCUGGAGGCAUGUCUGAAGCAGAAGGAGGAAGCAUGCCGGGAGGCAGAACAAAGGAGGGUGGAGGUGGAGCUCAAGCUGGUGGAGGUAAAGGAGAACUUGAGGAAGGUGGAGGCUGGACCCUUUACUCUGGGCACCACAGUGGACAGCAGCCUACUGGAGUUGCCAGCGCCCAAGAUCAUCCCUCCUGCCCCAACUGCUCCCAUCAACACCAGCGACACCUCACCUGUUAACUCAGCAACAUCCCUAAAAAGUAGGCCCCUAUCAAUCAUGGCACCCAACAAAGGAAAUGUACUGCAGAAAGCCAAGGAGUGGGAGAAGAAGUCUUCAAAUUAGGCAUGGUAAUGAAGAGAAAGCACCGUGACGAUGAUGACAACCCCAAAACUAUGCAACCUUUUGCCUGGAUUUUUGGCAGGAAGGGAAAGCAGCUUUUUUUUUAAACAUGUACUCUCAACUCCUCAGCUCUCAUUCACUAGAUCCCAAUUUUGACUUCUCCAGUGAAAGACUGUUAUCGUACUGCUUACCACAGGCAGCUUAUCAGAGGCGACUCUGCUGGACCCUGCAUUAACCCAACAAUCAAUGCCACUGGACACUGUUAAAUCGAUUUAUUUAAUUUUUUUUUUUAUAUGAAAAGGGAGGGAUUCCAUAUUUUAUAAAAUAUUUUUAAAAUGUAUAUUUUAUAACAAUGAGGAGAACAUUUUGGAAAGGCAUGUGUUUUUUUUGUUACAACUCAGAAAAGACAAAAAGCAAAGAGCCUACUAUAGUUAACAAUGUGGUGCAGUCUAGACAGUAGCUUUAAUUCAUGUAUGCUGGUAGCCUAGAUGUAAAUACAUUUAUACAGAGCUGUUUGGAUUUGGCUGUAUACUAGGUAAAAUAUGCACUUUUUUAUUCCAAUAAAAAUCAGUUCUAAAA